AUGCGUCCUGGAGGGUGCGGGCCGGCCUCCGGGAAGAAGGCGGCGGCGGCGGCGGCUGCGGCGGCGGCGGCGGCAGCCGCGGCGGCGAAAGGCGGGGGCGCGGGGGGGGGGGAAAAAAAUAGUGGCUUUGAUGUCCUUUACCAUAAUAUGAAAUAUGGACAGAUAUCGACAAAAGAACUAGCAGAUUUUGUAAGAGAAAGAGCUACAAUAGAAGAGGCAUACUCCAGGUCAAUGACAAAACUAGCAAAAUCUGCAAGCAAUUAUUCACAACUUGGAACGUUUGCACCAGUGUGGGAUGUGUUCAAAACAUCUACAGAGAAAUUAGCAAAUUGCCACUUGGAUCUUGUUAGAAAAUUGCAGGAAUUAAUAAAAGAAGUUCAGAAGUAUGGAGAAGAACAAGUAAAAUCACAUAAAAAGACUAAAGAAGAAGUUGCAGGAACUCUGGAAGCUGUUCAAACCAUUCAGAGCAUAACUCAGGCCCUCCAGAAAUCCAAGGAAAAUUACAACGCCAAAUGUGUAGAACAGGAACGUUUGAAAAAGGAAGGAGCUACACAAAGAGAAAUAGAAAAGGCAGCUGUUAAAUCUAAGAAAGCUACAGAUACCUAUAAACUCUAUGUGGAAAAAUAUGCAUUAGCAAAAGCUGAUUUUGAACAGAAAAUGACAGAAACAGCUCAGAAAUUUCAAGAUAUUGAAGAAACUCAUCUCAUUCAUAUAAAAGAAAUUAUAGGAUCCUUGUCAAAUGCUAUAAAGGAAAUUCAUUUACAAAUAGGCCAGGUCCAUGAAGAAUUUAUAAAUAACAUGGCUAACACUACAGUUGAAAGCUUGAUACAAAAAUUUGCUGAGUCAAAAGGCACUGGGAAGGAAAGACCUGGCCUUAUUGAAUUUGAAGAAUGUGACCCUGCUAGCGCAGUUGAAGGUAUAAGACCAAGGAAAAGAAAGACUUUUGGUUUACCAGGAAUAAUUAAAAAGGAAAAGGAUGCAGAGUCUGUGGAAUGCCCCGAUGCAGAUUCACUUAACAUUCCUGAUGUGGAUGAAGAAGGCUAUAGUAUAAAACCAGAAGCAAAUCAGAAUGAUACCAAAGAGAACCAUUUCUACUCAUCUAGUGAUUCUGAUUCUGAAGAUGAAGAACCAAAGAAGUAUCGGAUAGAAAUCAAACCUAUGCAUCCGAAUAACUCACAUCACACAAUGGCUUCCUUGGAUGAAUUAAAAGUAUCUAUAGGAAAUAUAACGCUCUCCCCAGCAAUAUCUAGACACAGCCCAGUGCAGAUGAAUCGGAAUUCAUCUAGUGAAGAGUUAACAAAAUCAAAGCCAUCUGCUGCAUCCAAUGAGAAAGGGACCAGUGAUUUACUUGCUUGGGACCCCCUGUUUGGACCAUCUCUUGAUUCAUCUUCUUCAACUUCACUGACUUCAUCCUCAUCAUCAGCCAGGCCCACAACUCCUCUUUCUGUAGGCACCAUUGUCCCACCUCCAAGGCCUGCUUCCAGACCAAAGCUUACUUCAGGAAAACUCAGUGGGAUUAAUGAAAUACCCAGGCCAUUCAGCCCACCUAUAACUUCCAAUACCAGCCCACCUCCUGCUGCUCCGUUAGCCCGGGCAGAAAGUUCUUCCUCUCUCUCAUCUUCUGCGUCACUAAGUGCUGCCAAUACUCCAGUAGGUGUGUCACGAGGUCCCAGUCCUGUCAGCCUUGGAAAUCAGGACACCUUACCUGUGGCAGUCGCCCUUACAGAAUCUGUUAAUGCCUACUUUAAAGGGGCAGAUCCCACCAAGUGUAUUGUGAAGAUCACUGGUGACAUGACAAUAUCAUUUCCAAGCGGAGUUAUUAAAGUCUUCACUAGUAAUCCAUCCCCAGCUGUGCUCUGCUUCAGGGUGAAAAAUAUCAACAGACUAGAACAAAUUCUUCCAAAUGCACAACUUGUGUUCAGUGAUCCAUCACAAUGUGAUUCUAACACAAAAGAUUUUUGGAUGAACAUGCAAGCUCUUACUAUCUACCUCAAGAAGCUAUCAGAGCAAAAUCCAGCUGCUUCUUAUUAUAAUGUAGAUGUAUUAAAGUAUCAGGUAUCAUCAAACGGUAUUCAGUCCACUCCUCUAAAUCUGGCAACAUAUUGGAAAUGUAGUGCUGGCACCACAGAUCUUAGAGUGGAUUAUAAGUACAACCCAGAAGCUAUGGUGGCACCAAGUGUGCUUUCCAACGUACAGGUGGUGGUACCAGUGGAUGGAGGAGUCACAAACAUGCAGUCCCUUCCCCCUGCAAUAUGGAAUGCAGAACAGAUGAAAGCCUUUUGGAAACUCUCUGGUAUUUCAGAAAAAUCAGAAAAUAGAGGUUCUGGGUCCCUCAGAGCAAAAUUUGAUCUUUCAGAAGGACCCAGUAAACCCACAACACUUGCAGUGCAAUUCCUCAGCGAGGGAAGUACCCUCUCAGGAGUAGAUAUUGAACUUGUAGGCACUGGCUAUAGGCUUUCCUUAGUAAAGAAGCGGUUUGCCACUGGACGAUACUUGGCAGAUUGUUGA